GCAGAGAGAGGACUAACUGCCAUCUUUUAUACCUUUUGCCGUAAAACUCCUAUUUCUGGGCUGAAUAUUCUUGAUGAUGCCGGCUAUUCUAUUUUACACCAUGCUGCUUUACAUAAUAGAGUGGCAGUUGCUUCUCAGUUAGCAAAAGCUGGUGUGGAUUUAAACCAACAACGAAGUAGUAAUUUUGGUACACAAGGACCCACUGCAUUACACUUGGCAGCUCAGUGUGGCUCACUUGAAGUUCUAUCCUGCUUGCUGGCUUUAAAUGCAGAUUACAAGUUAUGUGACAAGCGUGGCUGGAUGGCAAUACAUGUCGCUGCAUUCUAUGGCACAAUUCCCUGUAUCAGAGCGUUAUACAGGAAAGACCCUGAUCUUCUAGAG